AUGGCCAGCUACCGCGCGUCCAUGGACAGCCAGCGACUCUCCGAGCAGCGGGGCUCCACCGGCAGCCAGGGAGGGCAGGACGCCGACGUGAGCCGCGCCCUCAACACGCUGUGGGACAACGAGGAGGUGCGGGAGAUGGUGCAGACCCGCCUGCUGCCGCUCGUGUCCUCGACGGGCGCCGUGUUCCUGGAGUACCUGGCGCGGCUGCGCGCCGUGGCGGCGGACAGGCUGUCGCGGUCCCCGGAGGAGGAGCGCGCUCGCGAGGCGGAGCUGUGCGCGGCGUGGCGCGGCGGCCGGCAGCUGGACGCGGACCGCGCGCGCCUCGAGGGGCAGCUCCGCGACCAGGCCGAGCAGCUGGGCGGCCAGGUCGCCGACAAGGCCAGGGCCGUGGCGCUGCUGCGCCACAACGUCAACCUGGUGCGCCGCCAGUGCCAGGAGGAGGUCAAGCUCAUCGUAGAUAAGUCCGAGCGCGCCAUGGUGCUGGAGUGGCGCAACAGCGAGUACCGGCAGGAGAACCUCAAGGCCGAGCUCAACACCGCCACCGAGAAGAUGGCCGCCACGCUGGCCGCGCACCUGGCCGAGGAAAAGGAGCUGCGCGUCAAAAGGCACAAGAUGGAGACGCUGCUGCUGACUUGGCUGCAGAAGUUCGACGCCGACGUGGGCGAGAAGUUCCAGGAGCACGAGGAGCUGUCCGAGGAGUACGAGAACGAGGCCCAGCAGAUGAGGGAGUUAACUGAGCGGAUGGAGGCCCAGGAGGGCGAGUACCGCUCGCUGCUGGCCGAGAAGCAGCGCUACGAGAAGGAGGAGGAGGACGAGGCGGUCUUCGCGCUGGCCAGCAAGCACGCCGCCAAGGUGAUCCAGCGCGCCUGGAGGGCCUACCGCCUGCGCAAGCGGCUGGCCAAGGCGGCCAAGAAGAAGGGCAAGGGGAAGGGCAAGAAAAAGGCAAAGUAAGAAAUCACUACGUACUUUGUAUUUAAACUCCUCUCGCGAUUUUUUUUUGUUGAUUUUCUUCAACAUUAAAAGAAAGAAAAUGAAUCACAUUUUUUUUUUAAAGUCCUCGAUUAUAUACAAGUAUUGUACAUACAGAUCCCAUAGCUUUAGCACAUUUAUUUUAUAAUAAUAAAAAAGUUCUAUGGUUUUAUGUACAGGGAACUGAAUUUUCUAAUUUGGGGCACAAUUGAGAGAUUGUGGAU